AUGUCGGAUAGUCAUUGUACUGAAAAAUGUUCAUCUGACGGAGUGGCUGCUCUUAUCGACGGGGGUGAUUGUUGGUGUGGGUCUGAAGUCCCCCCCAGUUCGUUACAGGUGGACUCAUCCUUUUGCGAUAUUCCUUGUCAAGGUUAUAAUAAAGAGAAUUGUGGUGGACAAGAUUAUUUUUUGAUUUAUGCUGAUAGUGGGGCUCAAACAGCCGUGUUAUCAUCAUCGUCGUCGUCACGGCUGUCGUCCACAGCUACUUCAAGGUCAUCAACUUCAUCAAAGCUGUCAUCUUCAUCUUCAUCAUCUGCUACCUCCUCAUCAGAGACUUCGCCUUCUUCUUCUUCUUCUUCUUCUUCUUCUUUAUCAGAAACUUCCUCCUCUUCCUCAUCAUCAUCCUCCUCCUCGUCUUCUUCCAACUCUCGCAGCCCGCUGUACAUUACCUACGUUUCUACGGUUACUGCCAGUGCUGGUUCUCAAUCUGCCUCUGUUGUGGAAAUCACAGAAACAGUACAUCCUUCUUCUGCUUCUGAUUCGGCAGAGACUUCAAAUACAGCCACUUCCAAAGGUCAAUCAAAAUCAAAGAAAUUGUCUGGUGGUGCCAUUGCUGGUAUAGUCAUUGGUGCAGUUCUUGGAGCAGGUCUACUUAUUGGUCUUGUACUUUUUUUCCUUUGGUGGAGACGGAAGCAUUCUGAUGAUAAUGAUUCAGAUUUCGAUACUGUUCUUUACAAUGAAAAAAUGGACGGUGCUGCAGGAGGUGCAACAAGAUCUACUCAUCCUUAUAAUGCAUUUAAUGCUCCAAGAAAUAAUCUCGAUAAUGAUUACCAAAUCAACCCCAAUCCCUUUUUAAAUAACCUGACAGCAGGAGCUACAGCUGCCGCAGGACUUGGAAUGGCCGUGGGUCAAAAACUGGAUUCCAUAGGGAGAAGUGGUACUUCCAAUACUAAUAGAAGUGCAUACCAUAAUACAUCUAAGCAUUCACUGUCCAAUGGGGGGAAUUCAUCAAUUUUGAAUGAAGAAUUCCUUUUUGAUAGUGCAGGAGUAAGUCCUGGAUAUUUGGAUCCAAGCUUGAUGCCUCCAGAUGCCGAAUAUGGUCGGAGAAGAUUAAGUAAUGGAAGUUUACCUGACCUUGCAACAAAUGGAGGCUUGAAAGUUGUCAAUUAA